GGAGACCCCGCGUGAAGGGAGGCCCGGUCAACCUCCGCUUGACUGUUGAUCCUUGAAAGAUGUGCUGUAAAACAAAUAGGAGGUUUUUGCUGCUUUAUGCAAGCCAGAAGGGCCAGGCAAAAGCCAUAGCUGAGGAAAUAUGCCAGCAGGCAAAGGAACGUGAAUUUGAAGCUGAUAUUCACUGCGUCAGUGAGUCCGACCAGUAUAACUUGGACAGUGAAAAGGCCCCUGUGGUUAUUGUUACUUCUACUACGGGUACAGGAGAACCACCAGACACAGCAGUCAAGUUUGUUAAGGAAAUUAACAACAAAACUCUGCCAUCAGACCACUUUUCCCAUUUACGAUAUGGAUUGCUAGGUUUGGGAGACUCAGAAUACACAUACUUCUGCAAUGGUGGAAAGAUAAUAGACAAACGAUUUCAGGAACUUGGAGCACAGCGUUUUUGUGAGGUGGGACUAGCUGACGAUGCUGUAGGUUUGGAACUGGUGGUUGAUCCAUGGAUUGCUGGACUUUGGGUUGCCCUCGAACAGGAAUUUGCAUGCAGGGAAGGAGGUGCAAACUGCAAAGACAAGACGGCAUCUGUUUGUAUCAACACAGUUUCUAAUUCAUGCAUUGCAUCCAAAAUAGCACAGUUGAAGCUAGAAGAUUCAGAAGUGAGAAAUGGUCCGUUAUCAAAAGGAAACAUUAACUCAGAACUUCCCAUUCAGUGCUCUCAACCGUCACUUUCUCGAGCGAUACCUCCGCUUUCACAGUCUUCUCUUAAUGUUCCUGCUUUACCAUCAGAAUACAUAGAAGUGCAGUUUCAAGAAAGCUCUGAUCAGGAAAGGUCUCCCAUGGAUACCAGCCAGCGUUGUGUUUCGGAGACCUCCAUCUUCCAGGUUCCUGUCACCAAGGCCGUUCAGCUUACCAGGGAUGAUGCGGUAAAAAGGACUUUGCUGCUAGAACUUGAUAUUUCUAAAACAACAUUUUGCUACCAGCCUGGAGAUGCCUUUAAUGUAAUUUGCCCCAAUUAUACCAGCGAGGUGGAAGAACUUCUUCAAAUCUUGGGAUUGUUGGAAAAGAAAGAUUACGUUGUUUGCUUGAAGAUUCAAGCACACACUAAAAAGAGAGGAGCAGCUGUGCCGCAGUAUAUACCUGAAAAGAGUACUGUGAAAUUUAUUCUGAUGUGGUGUUUGGAAAUAAGAGCAAUUCCCAAAAAGGCAUUUUUACGCUCUCUCGUAGAAUACACCACUGAUGUCGGAGAAAAAAGGAGACUUCAAGAACUGUGUAGCAAACAAGGAUCCUCAGAUUAUAACUCUUUCAUAAGGGAUGCUGGUGUCUGCUUGUUGGAUUUACUCCAGACUUUCCCAACUUGCAAGCCUCCAUUUAGCCUUCUGAUUGAACAUCUUCCGAAAUUGCAAGCCAGACCCUACUCGGCUGCAAGCUCCAGUUUGUUUCAGCCUGGAAAGAUGAGUUUCAUCUUUAAUAUUCUGGAGUUUCCAUCCCAUCUAGGUCAACUGCGAAGGGGCGUCUGUACCGGCUGGUUGGCUGAGCUGGUUGUCCCAGUCCUUCAGUCGAGUACGAAGUGUGAGGGACUCUUAAUUCCAAAGAUCUCCAUAUCUUCUCGUCCAGCCAACAUUUUUCACUUGCCAAACGAUCCAUCGGUUCCCUUCGUUAUGGUUGGUCCAGGAACUGGAAUUGCAGUGUUUAUUGGCUUCCUGCAACACAGGCAAAAGCUCAAGGAAGAUCACAAAGACUGGGCGUUUGGAGAGACGUGGUUGUUUUUUGGCUGCCGACAUAAAGCCAAAGAUUACUUGUUUCGAGAUGAGCUCAGAGGCUUCGUUGAAAAUGGCACAUUAACUCAUCUGAAGGUUUGUUUCUCAAGAGACGCCCCAGCUAAGGAGGAAACUGCUGCUCCUAAAUAUGUUCAAGAUAACCUUCGGCUUUGUUGUAAAGAGAUUAGCAAGAUUCUCCUGCAGGAAAAAGGGUAUUUUUAUGUGUGCGGAGAUGCAAAGAAUAUGGCAAAAGACGUGAAUGAUACAUUAGUAGAUACCUUAAUUGCCGAGAAAGGAAUUGACAAACUGGAAGCACUGAAAAUACUGGCUUCAUUAAGAGAUGAAAAGAGAUAUCUGCAGGACAUCUGGGCCUAAGAAUUAGACACUUUCUUUUAGACAAUUUGGCAUUGUUGAUCUGUAGAAGGAGCCUUCUGACCUUCAGUUUCAGCUAUCUUAACUGACCUGAGCAAUUUAAACAAUAACCUUUUAAAUAUAUACCCUGGUCAAUCAAGUACUCUUGUCUCGUACUAAAUGUAUAUUUUCUUCUCCUAUUUAAAAAUAAUCCAGAGCUCACAGCCCAACAACAAACCAUGAGUUCUUUUCCUGGGUUUGUGUUUAACCAUGGUUUGUUAGUAUGGCUGGGUUCGCACAUUACAAUAAUCCAGAAUUCAACAAUCCAUGGGUUAAAUAAAUCAUCAUUAUGUGUGAACAAAGGGGGGAAUUGAUUUCUUCAACAUCUAGAUUUAAAUUGCCAUGAAAGAGGAUGGGUUUGAUUUAAAUCAAAUUUCCCACUUUGUAAUUUAUGAAUUACCUGAACAAUCCAAACUAAUUUCUUGCUAAAACAAAACUUAUUGGUUUGCAAGUAAAGUCUUUAUACAUCUAGGAACUUAAUCCAAAACCUCUGGUCUUGCAUGCUGUUAUGCAAUUCUGUCUGUUUAAAAGACAAUGGGAAAUUGAAGUCAAUAGAUUUCUGUUUGACUCUAUUCAUAUACAAGAUAAUAAUUUUCCUUUAAAUAGUGUAGGAAUUGAUGCUCGUUACUGAACAAAACUGUGUUUCCUUAGGAAAGGAAAAGUAAAUUCCAUGUUUGGCUAAUAGUCAAAUAUUCAUAAUUUUCUACAAUAAUAAAUGCAUAUUUUAUCACUUAUAGGGCACCUUUCAGAAGUCAAGAUAUUGAUGACUAUGUUUUCUCUCUCUUUUGAAUAGAAAAUAGGGGUGUGCAGUUGAAAGUUUGAGUUUUAAGAGAUGAAUGGGCAUGUUUGCAUCACAUUUCAUUUUAAGGGUAUUUUCAAAACGUGACAAUGAAACCUCAAGCCUGAUUUUUUUCACCAGAGUCACCUGUAAGGAUCCUGAAAUGAAGCUACAAGGGUCAGCAGUGGAUUGGCUUUGGGGUGCUGUUAUGCCACCACACAAGUUUUCAUCCCUGAAGCUUCCAUCCAUGGUUAUGGUUUUAAAUUGAGUGUGUGUAUGAGUCUAAUGAUUGUUAAGGGAGUUACUAUAAUUUUGAAUCAGUGGGACUUAAAUAUGCCAAAAUCUGGCUGGGUUAUGCCCAUUAUUUCUGAUAAUGUGUAAACUUUAUUUUUAAUUUUCAAUAAAUAUUUUAAAACACUAAAGCAAUUUUUGUUUGCGCUU